AGAAACGGAUCGAUGAUAGAUUCACAGAUGAUGUAUGCGCCUUAAAAUAUCCGAGGUAGCGCAAGCCUUACGACGCAGCAAAACCUCUCGAAAUGCCAAAAUAUACAGGGUCGUAGUUGUCGUUGGAUCCAAGUUACCGUUUUCAGAUGAUGCCUUUCACCAGGCUCACCGCCGCGACGCAAUCACCCCCGCCAUCGGCACCCUUCUCACCUCUUCCACUGCACCAAACAACCCCACACCUCGUGAACAACAAUCCAGAGGCCUCGAAAUCCUCCCACACCCUCCCUUCCUCGCUCUCUCUCUCUCUCUCUCUCUCUCUCUCUCUAUCUCUCUCCCUUUCUCCCACUCUCGACAACACCGCCCUCAAAGGCAAAUCCCAGCCUCCGCUACUUUUCACACUGCCUCUCUCCGCUGCAACGAAUUGCAGCAAUGCGGCGCGGCAGAUGAAUCUUCCUGCGUUGCAACACACACAGACACACAGAGAGAGAGCGGUGAUUGCGGGGUGGGAGUUGAAGACGGCAAGCACCAAAAUGAGGAAGAGUGGGGAACAGGAAACAGCAAAAGGGAAUGA